CCACCUACCACGACCGUUCGCCCAUCACACCACCACCACCACCACCGCAACAUGAACAUGAACACACUGUCCCCGCCGCCGCAUAACGCAAUGCACUCGCACAUGGACGACGACGACGACGCCGCCUCCACGCAACCACCCCCUUCGCCCGCCAUGAGCGACUUCUCCAACAUGGACGAUGACGAGUUGGACCUGUAUCUGGCGAGCUGCGUUCCCAUGUCCAAUCUGCCAACCCCUCCUACCAAGCUGCAAUCGAUACCGCCAGGCCACCGCAACCUCCACCCAGCCUUAUGCACGCCUGCUCUCCAAACUCCGCCACCCGAGCUCGACGUGCAGCAUCCUGCCUCCGAACUGCAAGUUUAUGCCUCGCACCUGGUCGACCUUGUUCCCGGCGAGAAUGACGACAGCGAUGUCGUCAAUGUCGUCGAGGGGUUUCUGCGGCGAGCCAAUCUCCCUAUCGAAAUGUAUGCCUUUGCAGGUUGCAUCCUGGAAAUGUUGGAGGCGCGGCUAGGGGCCUCCGAGGGCGGGUUGGUGAUUCUCGCUGCGCUCGCACUUGCGCAUGGUUACCUUGAUGACCGCGGUCGCUCCAAUCGACACUGGGCUGUCAUCGAGGCUGCCGGUCGCUUCGACGCACACGAAGUGCAGCGCGUGAAGAUGUCGAUUCUCUCCGACAUGGAUUUUGGACUCUUCCGCAUCAGCGAUUCGGCGGUGAAGGGUAUGGUGACGGCCAUGCAAAACCGUCUCCCGGGUCCCUGCAUCUCCAUGCCCGGUGGCAGCGGCUUGACGGUCAACGAGGACGACGGAUGGCUCAAGAGCGGGCUCAGCACAUCGGCACCGGGACAAGCGAUUUGGACAUUCGGCGUGCAGACACCUGAGCCCAGUCCAUGA